AUGGUAAAAUAUGAGAAUGCAUCAGUACUAAUGGAAGCCGGCAAUAGCUGUGAGGCGUCUGCUGAACAGUACGAAGAUGAAACGCAGUCAUCAAAUGGAAUGGAGCGCAUGUGCGCAUUGAAGUGUGCGCUGGUGAUCGAAGUUGUUGCAGUGGCAAAGGCAGGUGGUGGUGAUGGUGAAGCGACGGAGCCGGGCGACGACGGCGGUAACGGUGACGGUGGCAGUGGUGUUGUUAGCGACGGCUAUGGUGCAGUGCGGGUCCCGACAGUUAUACCCACCAACCUGGAAUGUGAUUUUAAUAGAGAAGUUUGCGAUCCCUCUAAUUGCCUACUGCAGCAGGGACGUGGAAAAUUUAAAUACUUAACUGCAAACUGUAACUUCAUAAAGCCAGUGAAAGCUUUAAUUAUAGAUAUUGAGUUAUUGCGCCGCAACAAAUUGGGUAAUUACGAAAGCCUGAAUAUGCGAGCAUCCGUAGAUGUUUGUAAGUGGGAAAUGGUUAAAGGUGGCAAUGCCGCAAUUAAUAAUAUCAUGGCAGUGAGCUUGCGCAGAUUAAGUACCAUAAAGUGUCCACUACGGGGUAGCAUCAAUGUAACGCGUAUGCCAUUAUGGCUUUUCAUAGUGGAAGGAUUUCUUCCUGAUGCUGGAUAUAAAAUGUUUAUUAAAUCAAAUAACAACGCUAUGCCAGUAUUAAAUUUGAAUCUUUCCUUUAGUGUCGCUUCGGCGAAAAAUCGAAAAUGAAAGUGUAAACUAGUUAAUGUAUCCCCUUACAUAAGAUAAUUCAUUUAAUUAUACCGAAGGAGAUUAAAUUUUCAAAGUUAU